GUGAGUAAGUGAGAGCGGAGUUCCGCUCUCUGUCUCCAAAACAUUUACGCACGGCAGCAGUAUUCCACCUCUCUCUCUCUCUCUCUCUCUCUCUCUCUGCACUCCCCGCCGUCAUCUCCACCAAAUCCACGACUACCAAGCGGCUCUCCCCACUCUGAAGGACCGGGAGCGGAGAAGUGCGCGCAAGUACCGAGCAGCCUCUAUUCCAAACCACCGUGCUUUGCAUGCGGUGAGCAAUUAAAGCGGGAGAGAAAGAGGGGGAGGACGGCAUUUUUUUUUUUUUUUUUCCCCCCCUUUUUUUCCCUUUCACUCGCGGAGAGCUCAGGGCGCACGGGGACUGAAUGGUUGAGCCUAACCCUCCAGCGCUGCAUGUCCUCUCCAGCGGGGAUGUCAGCAUGGCAGGUGUUGGUGUCAAAGUAGAACAGGAGGAGUCCAAUGAAGGAGGCGGAGUCAUUACCAAUGCUGAACCUCCUAAGACAUCUCCCUCACGUGAUUGGUCAGGAAAUCAGCCACUGGAAGCUCGCCAACUGACCCCACCACUGUCCCGCUCCCCUUCGGACAGCUCUCCAGGUAAGGAGCUGGCUCACAGGCAAAGCCCCGUGGGACUGAAGGAGGUCAGAACACGUGAUCGACCAGAAGGGCAAUCCAACUUCAAGGAAGUAAUGCCCACCAUUGAGAAGCUGCUGAAUGCUGACUGGAAGGAGAAACUUCUGGAUAAAAGCACAGUGGGGGCAGGACAACUGAAAGGUACCCCUGAGUCUCUGGCAGAGAAGGAGCUCCAGUUAUUGAUGAUGAUCAACCAGCUGAGCGGUCUAAGGGAGCAGCUACUGGGAGCCCACUCUGAGCAGAGGAACAUGGCCGCCCUGCUGCUGGAGAAACAGCAGCAGCAGAUGGAACUGGCUCGACAACAGCAGGAGCAGAUUGCCAAGCAGCAGCAGCAGCUAAUCCAGCAGCAGCACAAGAUCAACCUGCUUCAGCAGCAGAUCCAGCAGGUGAACAUGCCCUACGUGAUGAUCCCGGCUUUCCACCCCAACACCCAGCCCCUCCCAGUCACGUCUGACCCACAGAUGACCCUGCCACUGCAACCAAUCCCCUGCAAGCCAGCCGUGGACUAUCCUAUGCAGCUGCUACCGAACCCUCACUCCACCCCUGUGAAGAGGAGCAGUGGUUCCUUCCGACAGGAAGCCAGUCAGCCCUUGAACCUGACCUCCAAGCCAAAGGGGCUGGAGCUGGGAAAAACACCCAGUCCACAAAGCCUGGAGCUAGGAUCGCUGGCACUGCAGGGGGCCUACAGACCCAGAGAUCUCCAGAGAGAAGUGUCCCACAGUCCACCACGAUCUGCCCUCAGUUUCCUCGGAGAUGGCGAUGUUGUCACCCAGGCUAUCCAUGAUGCCCAGCAGCUCCUGAGGAGCCACAGCAGCGCAGGGCGAGAGAGGGAGAGAGACAGGGACCGAGAGAGAAACGGCGGUGGAAAGAUGGAGUAUAAAGAUUCUCCCCACAGCGAGAGAAUUUCCCACUCCGAGCAGGUUGAAGACAGACAUCGCCUGCCGUCCACUGAGGACCACCUGAGCAGUGACUCUGAGGGUGCUCUGCCCGUCUCGGUCCCGGGCAGCUACGCUGAGGCCCGGCCCCCUCCCUCCUCAGGCCACAUCAAGAGACCCAUGAAUGCCUUCAUGGUGUGGGCCAAGGACGAGCGCAGGAGGAUCCUGCAGGCCUUUCCUGACAUGCACAACUCCUCCAUCAGCAAGAUCCUGGGUUCCAGGUGGAAGGCAAUGUCCAACCAAGAGAAGCAGCCUUACUAUGAAGAGCAGGCGAGGCUGAGCCGGCAGCACUUGGAGCGCUACCCCGACUACAAGUACAAACCCCGGCCCAAACGGACCUGCAUCGUGGAGGGGCGGAGGCUGAGGGUGGGCGAGUACAAGGCCAUGAUGAAGAGCCGCCGGCAGGAACAGAGAGCGACCUACACACACAGUCAAACGGAGCCUCAGCAGCUCCACUACUCGCACAGCGAUGGCCAGUACCCAAGCGGCGCUGGCUCUGUCUCCAUGGCAACUAUGCCCUUUCACCCCGCGCUACUGGAGCAUUACCUGCCGCAGGUCCCGCCCGGCCCAUGUCGCGGGGAGGGCCAUGCCACGCCCACUUCCCUGCCCAGAGAGAGGGAGAGGGAACGAGAGAGGGAGCGGCCCCCGUACAGCGAAGGAGACGAAAGUGAUGGGGGAGAAAGGAGUGAGGGGGAACUGGUGCUCCUGACAGACUGAGGGGGGGCGGGGGGGUUAAAAAAAAAUGGAAAAUGGAGGCGAGGGAUGGGAGGGGGUAGCGAGGGUAGCUGUGAAGGAAGGGUUGCUCUUUGUUGGCUGACAGAGAGGAAGAAUGGAGGAUGAACUAAGGAAAACAGGGAGGGAUUGAGUUGUCACUGAAUGAGAAAAAUUACUCCUCUGUAAGGAAAUGUCACGCUUGUUCCUUUGCCAAUUAGCGCAGUCCCCAGCGAAACACACACACACACAUAAAGGCAAACUCUUAUCUCACUCAUUUCCUGUCAUGGACAACAUGUCAUCAGCUGCUUUGUGUUAGAAUACAGAAGUUGACGUUUUAAUGUACCGGGUGUAUCGUUGAAUCACUUAUGCUGCUUAUUUUCCUCCAAUGUUGGCUUUUGGCGAACCAAAUGGCCCACGGGGAUUAGAGUCAUCGGAGGAAAGUGUGAAAGGAACCAUACAAGUCCAAUAGAAUCCCCAUUUUCACCUGUUGGACAGCUGAAGGACCCUAGAGCAGCUGAGUAACUUCUCUCUGUUUGGAGCAACAGGCCUGUGAUUAACCUAUAUUAUCUUAUCCAUGCGUCAGUAUUGCCCCCUGCUGGUGAAGGCUGGUUAUUGCUCAAUGAAGAUGGAGGAGCACUGAACCUUGUCUGUUCAUUUUUCACAUAAAGUAUUUUUACCGUAUCUUACUUUUUGCGAAAAUGUUACAUGUAACCCGUGUAACUCAUGGUUCAGAUUGUCUGGGCUUGAACAGGUGUAACUGCAUGCACAUCAUAUCACAUAGGGGCUAGGCUGUUUAAAGAGCUGCAGAAGUUAGAAAAGUAAUGGCUACACACUGAUUCCAAGACGCAAAAUUUAUUCAUAGGGGUCAACAAUCAAACCCUCCUCUUCCUCGCCCUCCCACAUCACACUGUUCAGUUGAGCUGUGCUGUGUAAUGCUGUAUUUGUGUGUCUAUCAGUUCCCUCUUCAUAGCAUGGUGGGUUGACCUCAGCCUUACCUGUUCUAUAUACCUCUGUGUUUGCUUCUUUGAGUGUUUAUUGAUUUUCGUGUUGAGCACCUCCCAUCUGUGUAUUCAAAUGUCUGCUGUUUUUUGUUUUUGUUUUUUUUCCUUUUGAGAUGCAGCCUCCCACACCACUGCAGAAAGUAUCUAAAUAAAACACGGUUUUGUUUGUUUUGUUUUUUUACAAAUCUUUUCUUGGUACUAGUGAAAUUGGGCCUUGUUCCAAAGUACUGACAUUCUGACAUCUUUCUGAAAUUUCUUGACGCUGCACUGGAAUUAGUUUCAGACUUGAAGAUUCAGAAUGAAGCUUAAAACGAUUUCUGCAGUGACACAUCAAUCAGUAUGCUAAACAGUUGUCUUCUAACUCCAUCUUUUACUUUCCUGUUCACCAAACAUCAAACAGAUAGUCAGAUCAUCCCCAAAUCUGUGUGUUUCACAUUGGAGAGGGAACCAUUAUUGAUUGGUAGGAUGUAACCCCCUUCUCUUGAGGUGGAUACAAAAAUGGAGCAAACGUUAACUGAUGGGUUAUGGGUUUUCUGAGAGACUGAACCACUGGUCAAAUAAUGAGAACACAGACACCUAAAAUUAUGAUGGCUGUAAGCACUUAUCAUAUGCCCAUACCAUGUUCUUUGAUAGUAAGGUGGCAUUCACGGGCAGAUGUGAUUAGUCUGUACUGGUUGAGUUUGGAAACCACAGUUGAAACUGUUUUUAAUCCUGUUCAAGCUCAUACAAGUAAUAUUUGUGUUCUGUUAGCUGUGUGGACAAACAUGUUGAUUUGUCUCAUGCUGCACACCGGGUUUCUGAAAACUCGCCUGACUUUACAAGUAGGAAUACCACCUUAAGAAUGGUUUUAUUUUGUUUUUCUUCAAAGGAAAUGAGAAAUCCUUAGUUUGAAUACUAAAACUCUUUAAGCUAAAUGCUACUGAUGCGAAUGGUUUAGCAGACACUGUGCUAAGUGCCUGUAAAUUUGAAAGUUGACCAUAUAACUUGCAAUCUUUAAAGUCAUUUGCUGAGUAAUCUUAGAUGACCUGUAGCUACAUUUGUAGUUUUAUGUCACAAAUUGGUACAAUUCAAACAUGUUAGACAAAAACGUGUGUAUAACUAGCUACUUUACCUCUUUCCAGUCCAAGUGAAGCUGGUGCUGGAGUUUUGGCAGACUGUGCGCAUCCCAUAACCGCUCCUCAGGAGCUGAAUAUUUGGUUGCAUCACGUACUGCCAGAGAUCAACCUGCUAAAUGCUCCUCGGUAUGUUUAGCUAAUAGCAUGUUGCUAUUAGCCUGUAGUAAUCUGUGGCUAACACUUCUGAGCACGUGGGUAGUUUUGGUGUCUUUGUUCUCAUCACUCAGUGAGCAUGUUGACCAGUAGGACAAUUUAAUGAAAACCUAAUGUACCCAAAUAGCACUGGGGUCAAUCCACCUUUAGCUAACUGCAAGGUUGACAAAUCAAAAUGGCGGGAAAAGAUAGAUUUCAGACCUCAGGGUUGGGGCUGUGGAAAGUACAGAUGCUGGCUUUUGUGUACAGAGAUGGACAUCAGAGGAAAAAUGUUAUUCUUAUUUUGGUGGAGACAUGCUGAGGAGUCUCAUGUCCUGUCCUUGCUGAUGUAAAUAUAGAAAGAGACUAUUUUGUUUAUAAGAGCUUGUGUAAUUUAAAGGUGUACAUUUCUCUAUGUUUUCA